GACUGGGUAAAAUACGGUUAACCCGUGCCUUUAACUAGUAUAAACCAACCAAACGGAGGUGGGUCAUGUAAUCGGGAUGCCUUCCAUCUGUCCUCAGGUCUGUGCAUCCUUCCUCUGAACUUGUCAGACGCUCUGAGUCUCGCGCUAUUUUCGCGGGGCUCUCCCAGUGGGUGUCACAGGUCUGAUGCUGCAGCUGCUCCUUCCUGUAUUCAGGCACCACCAGUCAGAGCCAAAGCCCUCUGCGCUCCACAGCCCCACACCCCGACUGAAGCACGGAGGAAAUUGUUGCUCGGGCUCUGCUGUCCUGCGGAGGAAAGCCUUCCUAGUAGGUGUUCCGGCGCAGAGGCCGGUCGGAGCGUGGCGGCCCACUGUCCUGUGAAAGCCGAGAAAGCGGAGGGCUGCACAUUAGGACGGACAGACGCAGGGCACGAUUUUUUCAGCGGCUGGUGCUAGCUAGUAGAAGCUAGGCGGCUAAUGGCUAGUAGCAGCAGGUAGAUAACCCAGAAGAAGCACAGAUAUAGAAAUGAGUUUUCUACAAAUGCUUUAAACAUAACGGGAAAUAGCCUGACUUUAAAACAGAACGUCGGCAUGGUACUAUUUAGCCGAACAUCUAACUGACAUGCUUCUUAAAGUAUACUUACUUUGCUAACGUUAGCUAGCCAAGUUACUAGCCAUCUACAGCGUUUCCUGUUGCUUUUCAGAGUUUCGAACAAGGAAAAGGUUACAUUUCCUGCUGCUUAGCUUCUUGCAGGUUAGUGCUUUAUUUGAGAAGGUCAUUAAGGAAAGUUUGUGAAAUGGCUCCCAAAAGAAGACCCGUUCCCCUGACUAUUACGCCCAUAGGGGAGGGACAGGCCACCUCAAACACCAUUGAUGCUGCAUCUGAAGCCAACCUCGAGGCCUUACAAAAGAAACUGGGAGAGCUGGACUUGGAUGAACAACAGAGGAAACGACUGGAAGCCUUUCUCACCCAGAAAGCUCAGGUUGGAGAGCUGAAGGAUGAGGAUUUUGACCCCAUAUGCGAGUUGGGUGCUGGAAACGGUGGAGUGGUUAACAAAGUUCGCCACAAACCUUCUGGUUUGGUCAUGGCUCGGAAGUUGAUCCACCUGGAAAUCAAGCCUGCCAUCAGGAACCAGAUUAUCAGAGAGCUGCAGGUGCUGCAUGAAUGCAACUCUCCUUACAUCGUGGGCUUCUAUGGGGCUUUUUACAGCGAUGGUGAGAUCAGCAUCUGUAUGGAACACAUGGAUGGUGGAUCCUUGGACCAGGUGCUGAAGGAAGCCAGAAGAAUCCCAGAAGAAAUCUUGGGAAAAGUCAGCAUAGCGGUAUUAAGAGGAUUGGCCUACUUGCGUGAAAAGCACCAGAUCAUGCACAGAGAUGUCAAGCCCUCCAACAUCCUGGUCAACUCUCGCGGUGAGAUCAAGCUGUGUGACUUCGGUGUAAGCGGCCAGCUCAUAGAUUCCAUGGCCAACUCCUUUGUUGGAACCCGCUCCUACAUGUCGCCGGAGAGACUGCAGGGCACUCACUACUCGGUUCAGUCUGACGUGUGGAGCAUGGGUCUGUCUCUGGUGGAGCUGGCGAUUGGCCGCUACCCUAUCCCCCCACCAGACGCCAAAGAGCUAGAAGCCAUCUUCGGACGCGCUGUGAUGGACGGGGCAGAGGGUGAGCCUCACACCAACAUGCAGAGGCCCAGACCACCAGGCAGGCCUGUGAGCGGACACGGGAUGGACAGUAGACCUGCCAUGGCCAUUUUUGAGCUGUUGGACUACAUAGUGAAUGAGCCGCCUCCGAAACUGCCACACGGCGUCUUUACCAAUGAUUUCCAAGACUUUGUGACAAAAUGUUUGAUCAAAAACCCAGCUGAGAGAGCAGAUCUGAAGAUGUUGAUGAGCCACACAUUCAUCAAACGAUCGGAGGUGGAGGAAGUGGACUUUGCCGGCUGGUUGUGCAAAACCAUGGGCCUGAACCAGCCCAGCACUCCUACCCGCGGCACUGAGUGAACCGGCUCCCACUGCCCUAAAACACCACGGGGUCUUGCUUGCAUACACACACAUAUACUGUUCAUAUAUGUACACAAGCCACCACACACAUUGGCACUUUUUGCAUCAUGCUCCUGGUUAAAAUGGUUUUGGCUUCCCCCUCAUUUAUUUUUGACGUCACCAGCAGGACCCGUUGAUCCAUUGUACUGUAAGACCACAGCGUCACCAUGCCAGUGUCAGGAGUAGCCACAGCUCACUUUUCCACACCGCUACAGAGGAUGUAAAGCACUUAAGAGCUGCCAGUGUGUCAGCUGAAUUUGCAUUGAUUGAGAAACUUCUUUUGUAUUGUUGAAUAUUCUGUAUUGAUCUUUUCUAUGGCGACCAUUGAUGGCUUGUGUUAUUUUAAUAAAUCAACUGCUGUGGUGAAAUGUUUGACUGAAAAUGACAGCGGGAAAUUUAAACGCAUUAUUGGCUUGCAAAUUCUAAACCUGAAUCGGUUUUGACAGGAAAAAAAAAGUAUCUAUUCAGAUUUUCAAAGCCCUUUUCAAACUUAUUCCUGCUAAAAUGGUCUCAGCAGAAACAUCUGGGAUUUCAAGACAAACACGCUUUAACAUUUUCACUUAAUAUGCGAUCAGUUGUAAAGGUCAUUUUGUGGACAGUUCACAUACCAAAGAGGGUACUCAUGACUACUAAAGUUUUUCGAUGCCUAAUUCAGUUUUGGUAUUCACAUUCAUGGACAGUAUAUCGGCAUACUCCAAAUGUUGACAUCUAGUAUUUUCAGUCGGUGAAAAGCGCUGAUGGUUGAUGCUGUUUCCUCAACGUUACAUCCUGUACUGUGUGUGUCUCACAUUGGAGGAAGCAUGUACCACCGAGGUCUGAUAUACAUUAGAAUGUGUUUACCAAUAAAGAGAAAACGAUCAGAUGUAUUCAUGGGAUGAUAUAGCAUGGUUUAUUAUCUUUCUAAUACUGUAUGUGUAUUUUAUUUACCAAGAUCAUGAUGGGGAUGAUUAGCUGGUGUUUUUAUCAAAAGCCUGACUCUCUGCAAAUGUCAAUAUGAAAUCUCAAUCACAUUGACUAAUUCAAUGUUUUUUUUUCCUUGUUACUCGUCUGUACUUCCCCCUGAGGUGUAUUUGGGUAUGUUUUCACUGUACUGCUACCUGUGGCACUCCAGGCUUUCUCUUGGGGCUUAACAAACCUAGAGUUCUGCUUUUGGAAAAGAUUUGGGUUGAAAUACUGUUGAAAGUCUUUUUCUUAUUUAACCAAUAUAAGUGUAUUAAAAAGGACAAACCAACUUCAUGAAACACUUCAGACACACUGAAGCAAAUGUCUGAAGUUGUGCAAAAGGUUUCACUGAACAUUUUAACCCAGGUCAGUGUUGGUCACAUGGUGGUGGUGGUGGUGUUACUUGCUAGCCUGCCUUCUUGCUAGAGCUCUUGUAUUCUCUCUGCUUAUGGCUGCCCUUUCUUAUUCCCCAAAAUGUGCAUUCGUUCUUAGCAAAAUGAAUGCAUUGUCACUUGUAUGUGUACAAAGCUAUAUACAAAAUUACAGGAGUACUAUUUUGCAGUCUUAAUAUACAAAUUUUUGAUUUAUGUAAAUGACAAGGGAGAAGAGUCAUUUUAUUAUAAUAUAAAAAAAUGUGUUGGAUAUGGUUAUAAUGUAUAAAAAGAUUAAAAUAAAACUUAUUUGUGAAUGUA